UCUAAGAAUGACAGCCCAUUGUCACUCUACCCCUCUUACCUUCCAUAUUCGACACAGCAUACCGUCUUAACAACCACCCAACGUAUUCUUGAAGAGUGCUGUUUCGAUUUUGUCAAACGUUGGCUGCCAUCGAUACUCCAAGACAAUGGCUGGGACUGUGCUGCGGCAGUGGAGCUAACCAAGUGGACUCGUAUCCUCGAUAAGCACUCUGAAACCCUUCCAAAUCAUGCCUUAGCGGUGAGCGGAGGUUCCUUCCAUGACAUUCUCUUCUCCACGCACAAACUCCGGCAUAGUGCGGUCCAUCGGCUUCCCACCGCGGCUCGGGGGUUGAAUCAGCUAAUCGACUCUGCCCUGAGGCUGACAGAAGCCUUGCAAGAUCAUUUGCGCGUUGCACAGCUUGAAGAGCUUCAUUUGGAGAUUGGUAGCAAGAUCAAGGCUAUGGAGUUAAACAAAAAUGCUUUAGAGGAUGAACUCGCUAGCGAACUUCAAAAAAUUUCUCGACAGCGUGAGGAGCUUGACGAGAAGGAACGAUCCUUAAGAGCAAAAAUGCUCUCUAGCGAUUCGGAGAAUAUGCGGCUAAUCAGAUCUUUACUCGAAGAAUCAGUGAGGGAAAUCUUUCACGAGGGGUUUGAAUGGCAUUCUGCGGUGGAGGACAAUGGAGAUGACUCGGAAGACCAUAAUGAUGUGGAACACGGACAGUUUCUUAUAGAAGUCUCCAAGGAGUACUGA